UUGAUGAACUAUCGAUUAAAUGUUCAAAUAGCAGUCAAUUGUUGAUUAAUGUUCAAAAAUCUUCCAUGACAAUAUCGAUUGUAAAUAUUUGUAUAAAUACGCUUGACUUGUAUGCUUGAUCUGAUCUGCCUGCCUGACUUGUUAUCUGAUGUUUGUCUGUAGAAUACACUUUCUACACCUUACCCAGACUUCUUGAUCGAGUUAGCAGAGUUGGGGACAACGGACCAGAAUAGUGUAUCGAGUCGCUGAAUCAUUGAUCCUUCGUUCGUUCGAGUAAGACGCAUCAGUAAUCGCAUUCAAGCAAUAACGAAGUAUAACAAAUUGGCGACGGGGUGAAGAAAAGAUACAAUCCAAAGUCAUUCUGUAAUUGGACGAAAUCCAGUCUAAUUAUCCAACCAAUCAGUAUCCAGAUUGUCAUCAGUGUCCUUGAACCACAUUGGUCGUUACUCAUACAGUAAUUUUCACCACAGGUGCUGAUUCAAAAAAAUGACUCUCCCUCCCGAUCGAUUACAGCUGCUCUUUGAACGACAUUUGAAGUUAUUAGUCAAAUUCCGCACGCAGCUGCUAAAUCACUCAUGCUAUGAAGACGCGACGGAAGUGGAUGGAUUGAUAUCUGAAAUACACAGUGAGCUGGAAAAUGACAGCAGCCUCCAUGAAUCCUCGAUGAACUGUACUUCAAACGAAACAGUCAUCCAUCAUGCGCCCAGUGGUCCAGUACUUUCUAUUCCAGAAACAUGCCCGGUAAUGGAGUCAAACUCCAUCAACCCCGAAACAGCAUGUGCAGACAGUAACAUAUCCAGCUCACGAGAAGAUCUCACUGUUUUACCAGAAAAUAUGUCAGAUGCAUCAAAUGAUGAUCAAAAACUUAAUACAAUUUUGAUAGAUGCUAAUUACCUUGAUGAUCGAUUAUCUACAAAUAAGAUUCCAAAUAAAUUUGGUCACAAUAUUUCAGAAGAAUUAAACUUCGAACACCUCAUAUCAAGUGUCGUUCAGCCUCAAGACUUAGUCACUUUCAGUCAAUUCUCUGUUCAGUGCGAUAAAUAUGUCUUAAAUAAAUUCAAGUUAAUUAUAACGUGGGCAUAUGAGGAUCCAACACUGUUUCGUGGGGGAGGAUGGACCUGGAAAACUUAAAAUCCGGAUAUCAACUCCGGAUCUUCUAAAAAGGGGAGGAGUGUUGGGGACGAUAGAUCCCCAAAACUCAAAUUUUGUAAUUUACAUAUCGAUUAAAUGUGCAGAUAGGUCAAUUGAUGAACUAUCGAUUAAAUGUACAAAUAUGUCAAUUGAUGAACUAUCGAUUAAAUGUUCAAAUAGCAGUCAAUUGUUGAUUAAUGUUCAAAAAUCUUCCAUGACAAUAUCGAUUGUAAAUAUUUGUAUAAAUACGCUUGACUUGUAUGCUUGAUCUGAUCUGCCUGCCUGACUUGUUAUCUGAUGUUUGUCUGUAGAAU